CCCCUCCCUCGUCUCCCCGGGGCUCGGGUUCGGCCGCCGCCAUCUUGCUCAGGGUACAGCGGAAGGCGGGCGGACGGACGGACACAGAGAGAGCGGGAACCACAUCCACCGAGAGAGAGAGGGAGUUGAUAACGGGGCGGCGGCGGCCAUGAGGAGAAAGCGGCUGUGAGGCCCCUCUCCCCACACACGGAGAGUCGGCGAGUGGUUUCCGAACAGGAGGGGGUGGGGGGGGGGGUGUGUGUGUGAGGUGAGCCGAGGCCGGCCCCUCUGUGACCCACCGCCCGGCCCGGCCCGGCCCGGCCGCUGGUACCGGGGACUGCAGCCCGGGCUGUGAGUGUCCGGACGCUGGGGGGUUUGGGGAUAGGGUAGGCGGCGGCGGGUGGGGGGGUAGUUUGGCCAUGGCCGCCGCCAAGUUCGAGUCUCACGACCGGGCGAGCUGGUACUUCGGUCCGCUGAGCCGGCCGGAAGCGCAGGCCAAGCUGCUGGGCCAGCGGCACGGCACCUUCCUGGUGAGGGACAGCAGCACCUGCCCGGGCGACUACGUGCUGUCGGUGUCCGAGAACUCCAAGGUGUCGCACUACAUCAUCAACAGCCUGCCGGGCAAGUUCAAGAUCGGCGACCAGGAGUUCGACAACCUGCCGGGCCUGCUCGAGUUCUACAAGAUCCACUACCUGGACACCACCACCCUGAUCGAGCCGGCCUCCCGGGCCCCCGGACCGGCCCCGGCCCCGGCCUCGCUGCCGGCCCCGCUGCCGGCCAAAGGCCCCGGCGCCGAGGAGAGCGCCGAGUACGUGCGGACACUGUACGACUUCCCGGGCAACGACGUGGAGGACCUGCCCUUCAAGAAGGGCGAGCUGCUGGUCAUCGUGGAGAAGCCCGAGGAGCAGUGGUGGAGCGCCCGCAACAAGGACGGCCGCCUCGGCAUGAUCCCGGUGCCCUACGUCGAGGUGGUGGUCAAGUCGCAGCCCCAGCCCCAGGCGCCGCAGCCCCAGCCGCAGCCGCCGCCGAGCCUCCAGGCCCAGGGCCAGCAACAGCAGCAGGCGGCCGCCUACCGUAACUCCAGCAGCUACGGCAUCCCCGAGCCCGCGCACGCUUACGCCCAGCCCCAGACCAGCAGUCCCCUGCCCACCGGCACCAACCCGCUGCCCAGCACCCAGAACGGACCCAUCUAUGCCCGGGCCAUCCAGAAGCGGGUCCCCUGCGCCUAUGACAAGACGGCCUUGGCCUUGGAGGUUGGUGACCUUGUGAAAGUGACCAGGAUGAAUAUCAGCGGCCAAUGGGAGGGUGAGGUGAAUGGACGGCAAGGACUUUUCCCUUUCACUCACGUCCAGAUCUUCGAUCCCCAGAACCCCGAAGAGAAUGAGUGACCCAGAGAUCCGGGUACGAGUGGUCACCUCCAUCUGCCUGUUCAUCGCACACGGUAUCAGCAUCACAUCUGGUGCAUCGCUUCCAGACUAAUGGGGAAACCAUCACUUUGCCAUGGAACCGCGAUUGGAUUUUUGAGUAUCUGCUUACCUGCUGGAUUUUAAUGUUUCUGUCUGAGCUCUUCCCACGUACCAUUAAAGCUACAUGAUUACUAAUAAUAAAUGGAGAAAAGGACGGGAGAGAGACAGUCUUGAUCUCAGUGCUGCAAUAAUUAAUGCUUCAGUAAACAUUUGAAGCCAACUGGGAUAACUGAGCAAAUACU